AUGGACGACAAGCAGGACCGUCCAGCAAAACGACCCAAGUUAUCAUCCAAUUCAGCCUCAGAUCCACCCGAAAACACCCACUCGCCUAGGCUCGCCUCCCUCCACCGCUCCAUAACGCCUCCCGCGGCGCGUCCUGGACGUGUCCCGAUUUCCCCGCACCAGAACUCGGAGAAAGAGACGGGGAGUACCAAUACAAACCAGCCUCAGCUAAUCCCGUCUCCGAUCCAAUUGACUCGUAUCAGGGACUUCAGUGACUCGUUGAAAAACAAUGAAGACACGGUCAGAUUGCGCGAUAUCUUGGGUGAUCCUAUGAUCCGUGAAUGCUGGCAAUUCAAUUAUUUGUUUGAUGUGGACUUUCUUAUGAGUCAGUUUGAUGAGGAUGUGAGAGACUUGGUUUCUGUUAAGGUUGUGCAUGGGUCGUGGAAGAGUGAGUCGGAUAAUAAGAUACGGAUUGAUGAAGCAUCCAAGCAAUAUUCAAAUGUUGAGCCGAUUGUGGCAUAUAUGCCUGAGCCAUUUGGGACCCACCAUUCGAAGAUGAUGAUCUUGUUGAGACAUGAUGACUUUGCCCAAGUUAUCAUCCACACAGCAAAUAUGAUUCCUGGUGAUUGGGCGAAUAUGUGUCAGGCAGUCUGGCGCUCGCCCCUCCUACCUCUCCGGAAGGAUGGUGAUGACGAGCAGAAAUCUACCGCUUGGGGUUCAGGCGAUCGAUUCAAGCGCGAUUUACUUGCCUAUUUGAAAGCAUAUGGUGUGAAGAAGACAGGCCCCUUGACUGAGCAACUUGCGAAGUAUGAUUUUAGUGCUAUUCGAGCUGCGUUAAUCGCCAGCGUUCCUUCCAAGCAGAAGAUAGGCUCGUCAAGCAAUGGGGAUGGUAAACCGCUUUGGGGAUGGCCCGCUUUGAGAGAUGCUCUGCGAAACAUUCCGCUGCAUGAAGACGGCAGUAAUACAACGCCACAUAUUGUUAGCCAGAUGUCCUCCAUCGCGACACUAGGGCAAACGGACAAAUGGCUAAAAGAUGUUUUCUUCGACGCCCUUGCUCCGUCAAGAUCUACGCAAACAUCAAAGAAACAACGGCCACAGUUUUCUGUGAUGUUUCCAACAGCCGAGGAAAUCCGGCGUUCACUCAAUGGCUACAGUUCAGGCGGAUCGAUCCAUAUGAAGCUACAAAGCGCUGCCCAGCAGAAGCAGUUACAAUAUCUACGGCCGUACCUAAAACACUGGGCAGGAGAUGUGGCUGAUAACCUACCCGCGAACAUCCAGGACGCCGGUCGUCGUCGUGCAGCACCACAUAUCAAAACAUAUAUACGCUUUACAGAUAGAGAGAGCAUGGACGUGAUCGACUGGGCACUUGUCACAUCGGCUAACCUCUCAACGCAGGCGUGGGGUGCAGCCACCAAUGCAAAUGGAGAGGUGCGCAUCUGUAGUUGGGAGGUUGGGGUGUUGGUAUGGCCGGAACUUCAUGCCAUGGGGUCUCAGUCGCAGUCGGUGGCCAUGGUGCCGUGUUUCAAGAAGGACAAGCCAAGUGCUUCUCGGGAGCUCCCAGCUGAUGCGGCAGGGUCGACAGCUCUGGUUGGGUUUCGGAUUCCGUACGAUUUGCCCUUAACUUCGUACAGUGCACAGGAUGUUCCGUGGUGUGCAACGGUGUCCCAUUCAGAGCCCGACUGGCUCGGGCAAACUUGGGCAGCAUAG